GACCACUCCCGGCGGACACCACCAAACACCAAUAUCCACUCAUCACAUGCAUUUAAUCACAAAUAAAAUAUUCAUAACCCCCCUCACCAACCUCGCUAAUAAAGUUAAAACAUAUCCUACAACCCCAAAUCACCAAUUCUACUACUAUCCGUGGUUCGGAACCCACGUAAAACUGUAGGUCCCUCCGCUAUACGGAAGUACUUCUCACCCCAUCCUCUCUAUGUGUCAUCCUUUCCCCUCCUACUAUCACGUACUUCACUCUUCCUGCUUCACGGUGUUUGUUGUUUGCACUGAAAACGAGUGGGUUUGGCCGCCACUUCCGUGUGGGUGCGUCGCCCUCGUCCGUGGCAUUGGCGGUCCUUUGCUCUUGCGUGCUCGGUAGUAAUGCGCUCUGCUUGGCUCCCCCUGGUCUGGUGCCGGCCUCCCUUGCCGCGUCCAUCUCUUCUAUAAAGAACUUCUAUAAUAGACGUAACGCUCAGUAACCACAAAAUUCCAUCUUGCGCCUGGGUCAAGCCCCAGUGACUUUACCCUCUUACUGAAGCUCCCUUCUUAUCACCCAUCUAUUCUUCUUCUGUCCCCACUUCCCCCUCCCCAUCUUUCCUUUUCUGAUUCUGUUCUGUUCUGACGGUGGCUUGGAUGCUCUUCUUGACUAACCAAGGUGCUGAAAUUUUGCAUCUAAGCGAUUGUUCAAGCAUACCCAAGAGAGCAGUUAUGCCAGUUAAUUUCUUUGGUCGCAGCUUUUCACCUGGCAAGUCUCCUCCAAGAAGGUCCUCAUCUUUAUCAAGUUUGAGAAGAGAAUCAGAUAAAUCAGGGCAAGAUUUAGCUCGUGAUUUUAGUAAGAUUAGAUUGAACAUUUCUGGACAAAAUGCUACUUUUGAUGAUGGAGAGUGGGUAUCAGAGGGUGGAUCAAGGGGACGUGUUAGCAACCGUGAGGUGGCUCAGCUCUGUCAGAAAAAUCAAUCCUUGUUAGAGGAAAACAAUCUGCUAAAACUGAAGGUGGAACUUUUACUUGAUAUGUUGACUGAGAAGUCUGCAGAUACUUUACUUAAGGACAAGGAGCUCAACCGAUUAAAAUCAAGAUGAUGUGGAAGGAUGAUCCUCACGACUUCAGUUUAGUGAAUUUUAUCAGAAGGUAGCUCUAGUCUUCCCUGGUCAUGAGUAAGAUCAAUGAUAUGGCCACCUACUAAAGAGGAUGGAUAAGCCUAUUGUUAGCACUGCAAACAUAGUAUAUAAUAUUUCAACAAUACAGUAAAUAGAUAUGAUUAAUUGAAAGUGAAUAGAGUCAAAAGCUUCUCAUCACAUCUGUUGAUCUUUUCCUUUACACUGUCUUGAUUCUCCCAGUGCUAAAAUGUUGCAUCUUCCUAUCUUCUAUCACCAUUUUCUUAGUUACUACUUUCUGUAUGCUAGAUGCUAUUCUAUUCACCUUCCUGAUGCAAUAUUUAAUCCAGUACAUCCUUCUCAUCAUUUUAUUUGUAAACUUUAUAACUAUUUUUAUUUCUGUUUUCCCCUUCCCAUGACAAACUGUUUCAAAAGAAUAGAUCUCAAAAAAAUAAAUUGGUCUUUUCUUGUUGGUUCUCUAAGGAUUUCCAAGUUACUCCUUUUACUUUGUCUUACACAUUGUGGGAUGCUAAGACAAACGUACAGGGCAGCUUUACUUACUGUCAGACUUCUUAAUGUCCUUAUUUUCAAGAACUGUAUCAGUACACAUAAAUUACACUUUAUUUCACUGACAAUGAUAAUGGUGAUUAUAUAAAUGAUGGUGUAUUGCUGUACAGUGUUUUAAUACAGUGAAUUAAAGAAAAUGCAAAAACUUGA